UGAUUACAUUUGCAGAUGACAGGAAGUUCGGUGCCACCAUCUGAUAAUUGCAAAUGGAGCUGUGAAAUGUGUACAUAUGAGAAUUUUCCGCUCUCCAGGAAGUGUACAAUGUGCCGAACUCCUAAACCUUUGCUUGGUGAGGACAUAUUCAAACUGCAGGACGGCGCCAGCGCACUUCCAACGCAGGAAGUAUGUGGAGCGGAGGCGGUGGCGGAACGGUUAAAACCCCUGAGGAUAUCAUCGCCGCAGGGUCAACCUAGCGCCUCAACAGUCAUCAAAUGGCCCUGUCCAACAUGCACGUAUGAAAACUGGCCCAAGUCGCAGAAGUGCGCGAUGUGUGGCAGCGGCAAUCCGGCGCCUGCGCUCCACCCCUCACCAGCUGAAAAUAAACCCUCACGUAAUCUCGGUAUAAAUGACAUCUGCAACAGUCAAAACUCGUCUAUACACGAGCUCGAUACCAACAAUAGACGCUCCAAGCGACGCACCAACAACACUGAUUGGAUAUGGCUUCAAGCGUGUUUGGGCGUGGUGGAGGGCGACGCGCGGCGCGUGGAGGCGUACCUGGCGCACGGCGGCGACCCCGCGCGCGCGCUCGCGCCGCACGAGCUGCAGCUGCUCAACCGCGCCUCCGCCUUCGACGCGGGGCACACGCUCGUGCAUCUCGCCAUCAGAUUCCAACGUCAAGAAAUACUGUCUACGCUCUUGUCUAGGAUAUCCGGGGGCGGACCAGGACUAAAGCGAUCUCCUUCUUAUAUAGCACCAGAUUUAGCGUCCGCGAUACGCCGUCACAUUGCAAGCUGUAUACGAUACAAGAAGGGCAAUUUCCCGUGUCGUUACAUCAAUGAGUUCUGCACAUUCUCACUGCCUGCUGAUAUAGAAGAAUUACCGGCGGCGAUACAAGAGCAGCUGUUCUCGGAGCUGUUGGACCGCGACGCGCAGCAGACGCUCGAGGCCGACCCGCCGCUCAUCAACUGGAGCAUAGAGCUCACCGUCACGCUCGGGUCUCGUCUGUACGCGCUGUGGAACCGAUCGGCGGGCGACUGUCUGCCGGACGCGGUGUCGCAGGCGGCGUACGGCGUGUUCGACUACAACAACGCGCUCCGCACCGCGCUCGCCGACUCGCUGCACCACGCGCACCGCAGUUUCUACGAGCGGUGGCAAGCGUGGGAACGUUUACAAGCAUCCCUGUUACAUUAUACUCCGGAGGAGGGUCAACUCAGGGCUGAGUGGAGUCGGCUGGUGGCUGCAGCCGCCCGACCCGGCACUCCACUGCAUCAGGUGCACGUGUUCGCGCUGGCACACGUUAUGCGGCGGCCCAUCAUCGUGUACGGCGUGAACGUAGUCAACUCCUUCCGCGGCGAGGCGCUCGGCUACGCACGCUUUCAAGGUAUAUAUCUGCCGCUGCUAUGGGAUAUGCAGUUUUGUUCGAAGUCCCCGCUAUGCCUGGGUUACACGCGCGGACACUUCUCCGCACUCGUGCCCAUUGAGCCUUACUCGCACAGGCAUACCUACAUCUGUCGUGAGGAACAAGAUGAAACAGAAGACGUGACAUUCCUUCCACUCACGGACUCUGAGGGAAAACUGCUGCCUGUGCACUUCCUCACUUGCGACGAGAUGUCUGAGGAGGAGGUGGUGGUGCGGCGCUGGGUGAGCGCGCGCGCCACGGCGGGCGGGGCGCUCGCCGCGCGACAGCUGCAGCGCGCGCGCCCGCUGCUACAGGCGCAGAUGCUGCAGGAGUGGCUCAACCACUACCGCCGGCUCGCUCAGCAGACGCGCGGUCCGUUCCCGCCGCGACUGUCGACGCAGACGCAGCAGGCGGCGGCGGAGUUCUCCUCGGAUGCCGACACCGACGACGAGUGACGCCCCCCGCGGACCCCACACCCCCGUGACCCUCAUAGCCCCGAUCCCACAACACAUUUUCGUGCCACACCACGUCGCCUCGACAUGCUCGCAACCACAACACUACAUUUACCAUUGUGAUUUGAUAUAAAUAGUUUCAACGUUCAUCUACAUAUAACCGUGUUCAAACACCAUAAUAAAUUUACCAUUCAAAUUUAAGGUACGCUAACACCAAAUAUGUAAUCAAAUUACUUUAAUUGUAUGUAAAAGAGUCAAAAUGUUUAUCGACAUCCACUAAACGCACUAUGUGUACAACUGACUUCGUUUACAGGAGGCCUUGUACAUCUCAUUGUUUUUGGAGUUACCUUUUUAAUUAAUUAAUACAAACCCAUAUUUAGUGUUAGUUGAUUCGUAUUUCAGUUAAACGACGUAGUGCAGUCAUUAAAAAUUAAUGACAUAUUUUUAUUGUUACGUGAAUCAGAAUUUGAAAAAGAACCGUCGUGAGUUUAUAAGUAUUGAAUACAGCGCUUGGUGUAAACAUUUAUACCUGUUCAAAUUAACGUCUUUUUUUACUCUCAGAUAUUAUUAACACGUAACACUUGCAUCCAAUUUCGAUGUUUAAUAACUUGAAAUAUUACGCUAUGUGUCGCAGUCAUCCUUAUUCGACUUUACUCUAUGCUAUUAAUACUUUAUUAUCUGUCGGGAAAUCCACAAAUUAUUUAUUUUCAUAACUUUCUAUAAUAAUAUAAUUGCCUUAACAAACAAAAUUAUUCUAGUGUAACAUCAUGUUUUAAAAUCUUGUUAAAAAUUAAUGAAAGGUAGUCGCAGCUCUAAUUAUUCCGGUUUAUAUUAACGUAGUACAAUUUACUUAUUAAUGUUUUAAUCAAUUAUAUUAAUUAUAGUUGAAUAUAUGUACAGUUUAUUUUGUGGUAAUAUCGGACAUUGAAGUUAUACGGCAAGCUAAUGUUUUUAAUAAAAAUGUAGCGUUACUGUUUUAUCUAUCGUAAAAGUAAAA